CACAUGCAUUGAAUGAAUGAAUGAACGAAUCCAUCGCGCCAAUCGACAUGUCAGUCACUGUUUCACAACUAUGCACAAUGAUCGUCAGGCAGCUACUUCUGUUGUUGCUUUUUCGGUUCUAUCGGCACUUCCAACUGCCCUUCCUUCAUCGCUUUGUCUGCUUGCUUCUGCAGGUUUCUCCAGUCUGCGUCUGUGAAUGGCUCGCCCUUCCUUGGACCCCCAACCUGCCUCAGCACCAUGAAUGGCACGUCCGGGAGUGGGUGGUCGUACUCGAUCGAUGGGAGCAUGCGUGUGGCGUUGUUGCUGCCAUAGGUGACCACCUCGAGGUGGUGUUGGUCGACAGCAGCGAGUUGGGCCUUCUCGAUGCUUCGAGUGAUCAUCUGCCACCCGAGCUCCCCCUCGAUGGCGCCACCACCGCCCUUUGUGGUGUGGUGCCGCUCCACCUCCUUGGCCACGUGGUUGGAUGCCUCGGGUGCUGUCAUGUUGCCCAUCUGGCCGAGAGGAGGGGCACCGACGGGAUCGCGCCGACAUGCUGUGAAGAAGUAGAACACGUGGCACUCGAUCUGAUGCAGGGUCAAGUUGUACACGUUGAACAGGUUGGCCCUGAAACAAACAGACAGACACAUCCACACAGGAGAUGACACACUCAGACGCAUUCACACACUCAGACCCAUUCAUUCACUCACUCUUGGAUUGCGGCGAAUCUCAUUUGAUACAGAUGGCAUACGAAGAGGUCGAUCUCCUCGUCUGUCGGCGCCACGCUGCGCAUGGCGGCCAGCAGCACUCAAGCAAACGACCGGAAGAAGAGCAUCGUGGAUCGUCCGCCGCUUUGGCGGCCUGUCGUCAGGCUGCCGAAGGUGAGCAGUGUCCACAUC